AAGACAAAAACCCCACCACACACACACACAAAAACCCUCAAAAAAACAUCAACAAUGGCGACAAGAAUCCUAGUACUCCUAUUCCUCACGUCGUUUUUGCUCACCUCUCCCGCCAUUUCCGGCGACUCCGGCGGCGACGCCGCCGCGAUAAAAUCAUGGUGCAGCCAAACGCCAAACCCUCAACCAUGCGAGUAUUUCCUCAGCCACAACCCUAGCUACAAAGUUCCCAUAAAUGGAAAGUCCGAUUUCCUGCGGCUGUCGGCGCGGCUGGCGCUCGACCGCUGCAUGCAGGCGGGGAGCAGCCUCCACCAGCUCGGCCCGAAGUGCCGUUCGGGCCGGGAGAGGGCGGCGUGGGCCGACUGCGUCGACCUCUACGAGGAGACCAUCCGCGGCCUCAACAAGACCGUCGACCCCCACACCAAGUGCACCGCCGCCGACGUGCAGACGUGGCUGAGCGCCGCCCUCACGAACCUCGACACGUGCGUCGCGGGCUUCGAGGAUUUCGGCAUCGGAGAUUACCACAAUGUCUUCCCCGUGAUGUCCAACAACGUGAGCUUGCUGCUGAGCAAUGCCCUAGCGUUGAACGAGGGGGUUUCUAAUUAUAGUAAGUCGGCGCCGGCGAGUUACAAAGGAGGGUUCCCGGGCUGGGUUCGGCCCGGGGACCGGCGGCUGCUGCAGUCGUCGAGCCCCAGGGCCGACGUCGUGGUGGCGCAGGACGGGUCGGGGAAUUUUAGGACGGUGGCGGCGGCGGUGGCGGCCGCCGGGAGGCGGUCGGGGAGCGGGAGGUACGUGAUCUACGUGAAGCAAGGGACGUAUGGGGAGAAUGUGGAGAUUGGGAAGGGUUUGAGGAAUAUUAUGUUGUUGGGCGACGGAAUUGGGAGGACUAUUAUCACCGGAAGUAGGAGCGUCGACGGCGGCUCCACCACCUUCAAUUCCGCCACAGUGGCUGCCGUGGGAGAUGGGUUCAUUGCCCGCGGCAUCACGUUCCGGAACACGGCGGGCGCCCGGAAUCACCAGGCGGUGGCGUUGCGGUCCGGGUCGGACCUAUCCGUGUUCUACCAGUGCAGCUUCGAGGGGUAUCAAGACACCCUCUACGUCCACUCCCAGCGCCAGUUCUACCGCAACUGCGACGUCUACGGCACCGUCGACUUCAUCUUCGGCAACGCCGCCGUCGUGCUGCAGAACUGCAACAUCUACCCGCGCGACCCGCCCAACAAGACCAACACCAUCACCGCGCAGGGCCGGACCGACCCGAACCAGAACACGGGCAUCAUCAUCCACAACUCCCGGGUCACGGCGGCUUCGGACCUCCGACCCGUUCAGGGAUCCGUCCGGACCUAUCUGGGCCGACCCUGGAAGCAGUACUCGCGGACGGUGUUCAUGAAGACCUCGUUGGAUAGCUUGAUCGACCCGGCGGGUUGGAUGCCGUGGAGCGGCAGCUUCGCUUUGAAUACAUUGUAUUAUGGGGAGUAUGCGAAUACGGGUCCCGGGUCGUCUACCGCGAACCGGGUCAAGUGGAAGGGUUAUCGGGUUAUCACAAGCGCCUCCGUCGCGGCGCAGUUCGCACCGGGGAGUUUCAUCGCCGCCAAUUCUUGGCUGCCGGCGACGAAUGUGCCGUUUACUUCUGGGCUUUAAUUUGGUUUCGUGUUUAAUUUUAGUUUUAUUGAAUUAAUUGUAAUUAUCAUGUGAAAAAAUUGUGUUAGUCUCGCGUGAUUAUUGUAAACGUUGUGAAAUAUUUUUUUUUAAUGGCUUUUAUGUUUUAUUGAUGAAGAAGUAUUUAAACAUA